UCCGACCUUAUUCGAAUCACAUAGCCUCUUUGUGCGUCUUUUCUUUCCCAACGGCGAAAAGUCCAUUUUCCGUUCUUCAAAUCGCGAAACCCUCUCUAUCAAGCGAGUCUUUUCUCGGACGAUUCAUCAACUGGUCACCCUCAUCCUCAUAAGGUACAGAAAGGGAGAGAUGGGUGUGAAACAAGCUAUAAAGAGCCUUGAUGCGUUUCCUCGUGCAGAGGACCACUUGCUGCAGAAAACUCAAUCUGGCGCACUAGUCUCCGUCGUGGGUCUAGUGAUAAUGGCCAUAUUAUUCCUGCACGAGCUGAGAUAUUAUAUUACCACAUAUACUGUUCAUCAGAUGUCUGUUGAUUUAAAACGUGGAGAAACUCUUCCAAUCCACAUAAAUAUGACGUUUCCUUCUUUGCCCUGUGAUGUUUUAAGUGUUGACGCAAUUGAUAUGUCAGGCAAGCAUGAAGUGGAUCUUGAUACAAACAUUUGGAAACUGCGCUUGAACAGUUAUGGUCAUAUCAUUGGCACUGAAUAUUUGUCUGAUCUUGUGGAAAAGGAGCAUGCAGCGCACAAGCAUGAUGGUGACAAAGAUCAGCAUGAGGAUGCAGACCAGAAACUUCAUGGCUUUGAUCAAGCUACAGAAAAUAUGAUCAAGAAGGUGAAGCAAGCAAUAGCUCAUGGAGAAGGAUGCCGGGUUUAUGGGGUCUUAGAUGUCCAAAGGGUUGCUGGGAACUUUCACAUUUCAGUGCAUGGGUUAAAUAUUUAUGUUGCCCAAAUGAUUUUUGAGGGAGCUACACAUGUGAAUGUCAGUCAUGUUGUUCAUGAUUUGUCAUUUGGCCCAAAGUAUCCAGGAAUCCACAACCCACUUGAUGAGACGGUGCGGAUAUUGCACGACACAAGUGGAACAUUCAAAUAUUACAUAAAGAUUGUUCCAACUGAAUAUAGAUAUCUCUCAAAAGAAGUUUUACCAACUAAUCAAUUCUCUGUCACGGAAUACUUUUCCCCCAUGAAAGAGUUCGAUAGGACAUGGCCAGCUGUCUACUUCUUGUAUGAUCUGUCACCUAUUACUGUGACCAUCAGAGAAGAGCGUCGCAGUUUUCUGCACUUUAUCACCCGGCUUUGUGCAGUGUUAGGCGGUACUUUUGCUUUAACGGGAAUGCUUGACCGUUGGAUGUUCAGGCUUCUUGAGGCUCUGACUAAGCAAAAUGCCGGAAGUGUAUCCCGGUAAAGUGAGGGUUUACUAUAACCAUGAAUUUCACAUGGCAUCUCCAAGGGAUUCUUGAUGCAAGCAACGUGAUUAAUUUCUUGACUUUCAGCAUGUGACCUUGGAUAUGAAAUUCAAAGGCAAGAGUCAAACUCGACAUUGCUCGUGUAUUUUCUUUUUUUCUUUUUUCCCCUAAACCAUUUCAAGUGACUUUCUGUGAAGUUUGUCUUAUUUAAUGAAUAGAGAACAGGUACUUACCCGAAAGAGAGAAAUGUGUGUUUUGUAUCUUUUA